CGCAGCGGAGUAGCGGUGUCCUGCGGCGACUGCAGCAGCAGCAGCGGGACGAGCGACAUCACGGAGCCGGGGUCGCCGUGUAGCACGAGCAGCGACGAGGGAGUGGCGAGCCUGGGGGCAGCCCCGAGUCCACUUCCCCCGCUGGGCAAGCUGGCGCCGCCGACCGGGCCCGGGCCCAGGCCCCAGUGGCCUUGGACCCCACCCCUGGCCGCCACGGCCUGCUCCACCUACAAGCGGUUCAAGGGCGAGCCCGAGGCCGGCACCCUGCCCAGGGCCGGCGCCGCCGACCCCAGCGCCCGCGCCCCCAAGACCCUCCCCAAGGCCCACCCUAAGGCCCACGAGACCCAGGGGAAGAUCACCGAGUAUUUCAAGGCGCAGAUAAAGCCGCAGCAGCCCAAGACAAAGAAGGCCAGCGACAUGUCCGUCCUGGUUGCGAAGACGUCCCCGGAGUUCCGGCGACCACCGACGGUGCAAAGGAACAAGGGCGGCCUGGCCAAGUACCUGGGCACGGUGUCGCCCUCCAACGGCAGACCCAGCGACUGGGAGGUGAGGACCUUGACGAUGUCGCCGCCGCCCUUGAAGAAUCAGCAGCCUCCCGCGGUAGCGCCCAGGGUGAACGGGAAGCUGGACAAGGUGUCGAAGCCGGUGCCGAGUCUGCCCAUCUCGAAUGACGUGCUGAUGACCUUGCCGACCUGCAAGAUAUCGUCGUUGAGGCUGCCGUCCACGGAGGCGAGCCCCAGUGUCAAGGGCAGCCCGCCGCCGACCGCAACGGCUGCCUCCCUGACGGCAGAGCCUCUGACGGCGGACUUCGGAGACAGCGUCCUGGUUAAGCCCGUCGUCAACGAGAACAACAACCUGACGGCCGCUUUGCUGACCUCGAGGACACCGACGAACCCUUUCUUCAGGCUUUUCUCCCUACCGGAGGCCGUCACCAGGGUUAAGGGUGUCCCAAAGGACGACGAGGACGACGAAGAGGAGGAAGAGGAGACCAAACCCCCGUCGCCCCCUAUAUUGUCCACCCCGACUACCAUCAGAUUCCCGGCUCAGGCCCGCGAAAAGCACCGGUCCCAGACAAGCGACAGCGGGAUCUGCCGGUGGGACAAGUGCGAGGCCAGCUUCGAGUCCAGCAGCGGACUUCUCGAGCACUUGCAGGCUGCCCACAUCAAUACGCAGACUGGAGGCGACAACUUCAUCUGCCAUUGGCAAGGCUGCAAGGUUCAAGGGAGGACGUCCUGUUCCAGGAGAUGGCUGGAGAGGCACGUCCUGUCGCAUGGUGGAAACAAGCCCUUCCGCUGCAUCGUCGACGGCUGCGGCAGUAGAUUUAGCUCGCAGACCGCCCUAGAGAGGCACGUUAAUGGACACUUCAAUCAACCCGAGACGAGUAGCAGUUCCAGUAGAAGGAGCUGCGAAAAUGGCGGAAAACUGGUGCGGAGGAAUGGCAAGAGGCUUCGGUACAGGAGGCAGCCUUGGUCCGCGAGGCUCUUCGACUAUUUCGACACUGGAGUCAUGGAGGGCCUUCAACAUCGACUGCUUGAAUUGGCAAAGACGAGGACACAAGGACGCCUUGCAGAGACUCCAGGGAACUCGAUGACCCUAACUAGUCAAGUUUUAGCACGAAGAGUAGAACUGGACGGAAAGACUAGAGUGCUGCUGCGGUGGUACCCCCAGGACAUCGCCCCCGACGAGUGGGUCCUGGAAUCGCAAGUACAAAGCACGAAGCACGUGGGUAUCCGUAAGGUAGCCUCGUCGCGCCCCGAAGAGGUUAGCUUGGCGCUGUACCCGGCGAUCAAUGGCGGCGCGCCGCCCGCCACCCGGACGAAGCAGCGCCGAAAACCGGCGAAGAACUCGUGAUGAAACCGUUAAUCGGCGAACGAGUCUUUGACGAGUACUCGAGGGAUCCCGGGACGCGCCGAGCCGAGGACCGAGCAGCGUUGGACGACGCCGUCGAGGGAGCGCCAAAGUCGCCGAAUCGUCGGGCGCCGCCGCCAUCUUGAAAACGCGAUCGCAAGAGCCGCCGAAAGAGGAGCAACGAGGAGCGAAAUAACUGACCGACCAAGAACAAGCACCGAAGAACCGCAGAAACCUUACGCGAAAAGUAGAACCGCGAAAACUGACAAGAUCCCCGGAGGACCAGGCGACGAAGAGGUUAGCUUAGAGCGGAGGGACGAGGGCAGACCAAUCCGACAACUGGCUGCCGAGUAGUCUUUAUUUAUUUAGCCUAAUCUACCUGUGCAACGAGGUUAGGGACAGGAGGCGGACGGUUGGAAGGCGAGAUUUUGGCCUGCGUCGGGUAACGCCAUUGCCCGAGAAUUUUCCCGAAUUUUUCAAGCCGAAAAUCGACACCUGCAACUCGACAUUCACGAGAGAUAGGUAAAAUACCUGGAAGUUCUCUCGAUAGGGUCUGAUAAGGGAAUUAAGGUCGUUCAAUCUUUCGCUGCGUCCGACUGACUGACGAUCUUUAUGUCGAUUAGGUUGUCAGGAUUUCUGACACGGUGACGUCCACUUAGUUUUAAAAAUGAUCUUUUGAGGGAUUCUUGUGAAUUCUUGCUACAAAAGAGGGUGACGUUUCAUCGUUUCAUUACUUUGGAUGCUAUCGAGAGGAUGAUUUACUUUGGGGUUACUUUAGUGAGAGAACGUUUAAUCUGUCCUGGAGGUGAGGUGACGGUUCUUUCCAUCCUAUCAAAGUUAAUAUCAAGGAGUUCAUAUUAUCAUCUAAGAACACCUUAAGGGAAUUUGAAAGUGCCAACUGAGGUGUCGAUCGUUUACAACCCUCUUCUCCGACCUGGGUGUACCGAAUCAUUUGAACUUCUAUCACUCGAAUAUGGAAGCCCUGAAGAAGGUUUCUCCACUCGUGAUAUUUCAUUUUUUAUAAAAAAAAGAGAGAAAAAUGUUAUAAACAAACUUUAAAAAAUAAAAUUCUACGGGUACCGGAACUUUCGUGGGAUUUCCAGAUUCACGUAGUAAAAUAUCAACGAUUCAGUACAAACAAUUCCGAGAAAAAUUUUGUAGACAAUUGACCUUUCGGAUGACACCUUUGUACCACUUUAAAAUGAAUGACUGUGGUUUCCACUACGGGUUACCACAUUUCAUCGAUUCAUAUUUCUUUUUAGAACGAACUGGUUGUUUUUUCGCUGGAAAUUUUUAAUCGGUAUCGGUUAGAAUGAUAUAUGUGAUUUCUCACUAAAGAGACACCAUUUUAUGUGCGAUCUCGCCAUGGUUGCCAACUCGCCGAUCCGGAGAUGCACUGGGUUCGACCAAAAGUGCCUCAUCGCGGAUGUCUCUCCCGCUAACCGACAAGGAGAGGGCAAGGAGGUUAGGAUGAGGGUGACAAAAGGAGAGAUCUUAUAUGAUUAACCGAUUAACUGUUAAAUGUUAGCUACGAUUAUAAGGAGAUAAUCACUCUGGUGGCCUUAGAAAUCAAUUAAUAUCUAACAUCGGUUUUGGUGCCUCCGAUCGGUAUGUGGAAAACUGGAUUUCAAGGUGCGUUGCUUCAGCUACCGUGAGUAUCGUUAACUAUUGUUAAUACUCCACAUAGCGAGUAUUUCCAUUUCUAUGGUGAACAAAUAUUAAAACGAUCGAUAAACUCAUCAAUAGAAUAUUAAUUAUAAAUUCAGGCACGAAAGGGUCUUCGCUGUGAUAUAUUAUCUCAUAUUUUCGGAUGAGCAUAGAAUGGAAUAUCUUUUGUCUCGAGGCUACAAAAAUACACAUUCAGCAGCACAACAACGUUUAUCGUUGCAGUACACAUGAAGUAUGUAAGAAAAUUUUAUACAAACUUGGGAGCUCCAUGUUACAUUACAUUAGAUUAUUAAUGUAUUUUUACUCGUUAAUAAUAGCACGCGCUAUAUCUUUCGUAGUGACUCGCGUAUACCGUAAUUUUAUACCGCAAUUUCGCAUUUACGCCACAGAAUGCGGUAAUUCCUGACUGUAAUGUGUGAAAUAUAUUUCCGGACCAAUUUGAGACAAAAGAUGUGACCUGGCCAAAAAGUCUUGCGAUAGUAACUACAAUUAUGAAGUUCACUUUCAUUUACUGAAUUACAACUUCGAUCGAUGACAAUAAUCUCCAUUCCUGCGACCAAUGCCCAUCUAUCGAGUAGUUCAUCGAUGACAGUUUGCAAGAUUUAAAAAACUAUUAUGGAUGAAAAUAUAAAAUGCAGAACUUUUUAGCCUUCGUCUAAUCUCCUCCGAAUAAUUUCUCUCUCUUUCGUGGCCUCUUCAUUCCGAAUUAAGGAGAUGUGAAAAUGACAUCCGAGGGGUUAAUCAAAUGAUACUUUUCUCUGAACAGGGUGUAUCGAAUCGUUUCAAACUUUGCGCCGUGAAUAUGUAGGCUAUAAGGAACGUCCGGACACUCGUGAGAUGUUAAAAAUGUUAAACUGCCUAUAAACAAAUUAAAAAAAAGAAAUGUCACGGGUGUCGUGAUGUUUUUAAUGGUCUUUAUGUUCAUGUGUAACGUCUCAAACGGCUCGGUACACCCAGUUCGAAGAAGUUUCGUAAACGAGACUUUCUGUGACGUUACUUUCACGUCGUCUUAAGGCCGAAAUGUACCUUUUUCAGAUAUUACGGAUGACCAAUGACAAUUGCGAUAGCUACUCGAACGCGACUUGGGGUUCUUUUUCUCACGUAGGGGUGACACCUUUUCCACCCCCGGGUGGGGCAAGCCAUGGCGGAAUCUCGCGUCUCGUGCCUUCCGACCUUCGACCUCGCGCGGUUUCAUGAGGAAGAGCUACCUUGACCUUCGCUCGGUCACGGGAACAACUUGCCCGCUCCCGUGCGACCUGAGCAAGCAACAAAAAGAGCUAAUCUAUCAGGGCUUCGUGUUUCCAGCUUGAUAUUUCCCCUAAAGGGGUUGACAGUCUCCAGGCUGGACCGCACUGAUAAAAAUCUAUGGAAAUUUACGUACACUUUUUAAUCAUAACCGAUGUUUCAUGUAGAAACGGCGUAAAGUGAAUAAAUUGACAAAUUGGAAAAUUUAUAAAUACACUUAACGUUGGGUGUUCACCGUAUUAGUGGAUUUUUACUUGAAUUAAAUGUAACGUUAUGUUAAGAUUUUCAUCAGUCUAACUUGCUGAUUUUACAGAGAUACGUGUUAUUUUAUCGCAAUUUAUUGCCCCAUCUAAAUUACCAGUUGAGUAUGUAAAUUUGCAUGGGCAGUUUUAUCAGUGUUCAUUAGCUCUGUACAAGAUUUGUAGAGGAUGAAGAAAAAAAAAAAAAUGAAAAAGAUGAUAAUGCUCCGCAGGUUCGUCUCCGUGCUCGGUUUUAGAAAACCGGGCAGGGGGACGCCGCGUGAACCUGCUGCGAUAUUUUUCGGGAAAAAAAAAACCUAUUUUUGAGUUCCUCUUUUCUGCUGAGUAGCGUGUACCGUGGUGUGCGAACUCCUUCCCUAAUGAAUAUUAAUGAUAGCGGGAUUUUUGGGACCCUUCGCUCAUUUUUUUUUUUUUUUUUUCUUACCUCGGAACUGUAAUAUCUUCAUCCCAUGAAAUUGUACAUUAUUUGAGAAAAAUAGCGAAAUUGACUCCCUGAAUUUGUAUUCCAUGUCCAUAGACUCAAAUCGCUUUUGGACGAUUGAUCUACCCUUGACGCGGUUUUGAUCUUCUGCCAAGAAAUUCGUUUGAAAAGACGUAUUUUGGCGCCAUGAGACUGAGUGUCGCGCCAAGUUCACAUUCAACCGCUCGCUGCUGUUUUUAUGUAUAUUUUGAAAUUUAUUUCAAUACUUGCUAGCACGUUUUUACCCUCCUACCAAGAAAUUCGUUUGAAAAGACAUAUUAUGGCGCCAUGAGACUGAGUGUCACACCAAGUUCACAUUCAACCGCUCGCUGCUGUUUUUAUGUAUAUUUUGAAAUUUAUUUCAAUACUUGCUAGCACGUUUUUACUCUCCUACCAAGAAAUUCGUUUGGAAAGUCAUAUUUUGGCGCCAUGAGACUGAGUGUCGCGCCAAGUUCACAUUCAACCGCUCACGGCUGUUUUUAUGUAUAUUUUGAAAUUUAUUUCAAUACUUGCUAGCACGUUUUUACGCUCCUACCAAGAAAUUCGUUUGAAAAGACAUAUUAUGGCGCUAUGAGACUGAGUGUCGCGCCAAGUUCACAUUCAACCGCUCGCUGCUGUUUUUAUGUAUAUUUUGAAAUUGAUUUGAAUACUUGCUAGCACGUUUUUACCCUCCUACCAAGAAAUUCGUUUGAAAAGACAUAUUUUGGCGCCAUGAGACUGAGUGUCGCGCCAAGUUCACAUUCACCCUCUCGCUGCUGUUCUUAUGUAUAUUUUGAAAUACCGUUCGGUACUUGCUGACGCGUUUUUAAGUAUUCUUAUCCAUAUUGCGGUCUAAUAUUUCGAUUUCCGCAGUAUCGGUCACAAUAGUUAUGCACGAAAGUCUGGAAAUCCCGGGUAAAAUUCGUGAUCGUCAUUUUCAAUUUCUAGAACCACUCCUGGUGUUGUAGAGUUUAGGCACCGUCGAUCUUAACCUCGAAAGACCAUGGAAUCGUAAUUUAAAUAUCGCCGUAGCGAAAGGGUUAGUCUAAACUAACCUGACCUACCCUAACCUACCCGCGGAUCGGGAAAACUCGGUAGAGUUUCGCGCCAAGUACAUUUAAAAGCAUGCGCGAACGGCACCGAAAACUGAACGCCAAUGUUCGGCGGUUCAUUUCGAUAAAUAUUUAUUUCUCAUGGACCCACGUUUGGCAUAAUGAAUGUACGUUCCGUUUUGUAGAGUCUGUAAUUUCUUUCAGAUUUUUAAAGACACCUUUUUUUUCUUUUUUCUUUUUUUUACCCCGUUUUCGGCGAUUUUUCCAAAAAUCUCGGAAGAAAAGGGAUGCCUAUCGAUGCUUAGAAAUAUUCUAUUAGGCGUAAUCGCGCACCACGUUCCACGUCGCCAUAACCGACGAGCUGUUACCCUCGACAAGGGUGAAAUAAAAAGGCUGUGUUAAAUCGUUUACCACUUGCGCAACCUUGCGAGAUGUAAGCUCGAGGAGUGGGUACCCAUUAAUCCUAGACAGAAGUGGAUAUGUAUUAUCGGUAAUCAUUGUAUCCGAGCACGUGGGGAGCUUCGUCGAAGGUCUGUGUCGUGUUCCCGUCGAAGCGAGUCCACGUCCGGGAACGUGAUAUGUUCAUGUAGUUGAUAAAUACCUGUAAAUUAAGCCGGAUAUCGGCGGCGAUGGAUACGGUCGCCCCGUUUAAGUUAAGGGAUCGAGAAAAUAUGAAAAUUAAUAUGAGAGAGACGUCGCGAGUGUGGCCGAAUAUGUGUGAGCGACGACUCGUAUAUGGGGAAAGAACAAGGACGAGGGCUGGAAGGGCCUCGGCACAUACACACACACACCAGCUAUGGUACACUGCCAAUACGUGUAAUUAAGAUGAAUCCUAGGCUAAUUAUUGAUUACUACGAUUUAUUGUAUAAUCCCCUUAGAUCUCUAGAUGUCGAGCUAGCGAGGCGGCGCGCGCACGCCGGGGUCUCUUUACUCGAGUUAUGCCUCUUUCUUCUCCUCUUUCUCUAUAUAUCUUUCCCUCGUUAAUCUACCCCUGUACACUUUUCGAUAUCCUCUCGACUAUUCUGGGUCGAUUAGAGGAGGAGAUGGAGACUUUUCGAAAGAUUCCACCCCGGCGAGGGCGCGCUUCGCCAUACAUAUUGUAUAUAGUUAGGCGGAAUUAUCGGCGAGCCCGCGUGAUUUCUAAGCAUGUCGAUGAGAUAUGGGAACACGGACGAUCCUUGUUCAAUUAUUAUCACGGAAUUGUCGGGCUAGAUUAUCGAGAUGAUUUCUUUUUUGUUUUUACGGGAAUUUAUUUCUCCCGGAAAUCAUUUAUUCAUGUUUAAAUUCCAGAUUCAUUCUGAAUUCAUUCCACUGAGCUGACUCUUUUGGCCGAGACUUUUUGUAAAUUAAUCAGUAAUUAUUCUUUAUUAAUUAGUGGUUGAGUGCGGACGGGUGGAGGGAGUCUUUGAAGAGUUUCGAGAUGUGAUGUGGGAGGUUCACGAGUUUUUGGAAUUUAUCCUGGGCUUCUUUUUUGAGGUGGGAGGAUCGUUUCGGUUCCCUUUCCAGACGUGCACAGGUGCGAGGGCCUAUAGCGUAAUCGUGCAACCUUUAUCCUUAUAAGAGAGCCUUUUCUCCUUUUGAGAAAUCCGGGCAAGAGAGAUUUAUAGGACGCGUGUGUGUGUGUUUCAGGGUGAACGAUGUGUGAUUGGUAGAAAUUUAACGGGGAGAAAUUUGAGGGGAAUAUCGAUAUCGUUUACGUCUGACGCUUUCGCUAAAGUUGUUAUGAAAGGAUCAUUUUAAUAUAGAUAUGAAAAUAUGAAAAUAUAAAAAUCUCAGAACUGAGUGCACCGAGUAAUCUGAAACAUUGCCACGUGAUCGUGGAGGUCCUAACGAAGGUCUUAAAACUCGCAAAAUUUUAUUGUUCGAAGAAGAAAUUGUUCAUUCAUCUCGGAGGAGAUUGAAAUAAAAAAGAAAGGGGCUUCUUGGUUGAAAAAUGAGAUUUCCCGAGUUUCAAGUCCCUCGUUAGGACCUUCUCAAUCACGUGGUAAUGCUUAAUAUUAUUCGGCGUAUUCGGUUUGGAGAAAAGCUUCAUGUCUUUUUGGACUCUUUCUCGUGGGACACUUUCAUAACGCCUUAAUAUGGCGGCGCGGCGGAGACGACGAUGUUUUACCAAGAUACGGAGGGAAGACAGUAAAUUUAUUUAUGGGGACUAGGAUGGAUGGAAACCGUCACUGCCAUAUAUCACUGCCAACUGUCAGUGCCGAUUUCUGACAUGCAGAAUUGACGAGUUCUUAAGGGCGUUCGUUUUCGUUCCUUCCUCGAUUUCACUCUACAAGUGACUAGGAUAUCUCGCUCCGAGAUUCCCGAAUUUCCCGUCCUCUUUUCAGUCCAAGGAGGAGUUUUUCUAGUUGAGCCGAUUUUGGGGAAGAUUAUCGAAAUUCACUGCCACUCGAUCUCCCAUUAGGACUGCCAAAGAGCAGAUUACAGAGACGAAAUUAGGGUAGCAAUUUAGUGUCGGUCCGGCCACGUACGAAAGCAUUAUUAAAGACCGCAAAUGCUGGAUUCCAAUUGUUUUUCUUUCUUUUUUCCCCUUUUUCGAAAAUCUACGCGAGAACGUGAUUGUGGUACAGGUUUAUUCAUUUCGGUGUAAUAUUGUACGUAUACCGUUUAUUGUUAAAUAUUUACAGCCGAUUGUGCGUCGCGCUGUGUCGUAUCAUCCAAGAUGGCUGCCGAGAAAUCUUAAAAAUUAGGUAACGCGAAAUUUAUCGGAAAGUUAUUAUCAUUCGAAUGGUCGAUUCCAUUUACGAAUGGUUAAGUAAGUUUGAAGCCAAAUUUACUGAUUAACUCUCGAACGUAUUCCAUGUCAGUCAACGCAUUUAGCAGUUAAAUUUAUUGAUAAGAGCGUUAGCAGUCUUUAAUAAUUAUUGUCGGUGUGUUUCGUCGGGUUAUUCAAAUUUCAUGAGUUCGUGCUGACGAUGAGACGUACCCAUCUCGAUUUUAGGUAAAUGACCAUUGUACGGAUCGUUGUGUUAAUACUGCUGAUUUAAUUUAAUACUAUUUUUUAAUUUGUCAUUCUCGUUAUGUUAUAUUUUUAUAACCCCUCUCCCAUCGAACCAGCCAUUGGGCCUUCCCGUCCCUCGAAAUGCAUCGAAACUGCUAAUUAUUCUUUUUUUUUUUCUUCGGUGUUCAAUUUCAAUUUCAAUUUCAUAAAUUUCAUUUUGACCCCGUUCGUUCGUGUAGGAUAUAAAUCUACCGAGAAACAGAACCAUAAAAAAUGGCGAAUUACAUUUUUUUUUGGUUUUUCCGGUAUUUUGCAAAACGUGGGAUGAUAGGUAAUUGGAACUGGCUUUCCGUUUUCCAUUUAAAAUAGAAAAUGAAAAAUGCAUAUUUGAAAUGGGUUAAUAGAAAAUGAAAAAUUCAUUAUUAAUAUUUCGUUCAGAACUUGGGAGAAUUUGUGUAUUUUAGUGAAAUCUUUUAUUUGAAAAUACGAGCCAGGAAAAAUUACGCUUUCUCGUUCUUAUUUAAAAUUGGAAAUGGAAAAUGGAAUUUAAUACCUUGCAUACGCUGUUUUUAAAUUAAUUCAAUUGAAAUUCUUAUUCAGCUCUGUAGGUAACUCAUGCUUGAUCUCGAGAAAAUUUGAUAUUCCUGUUAAAUAAUUGAACAAAGUAUGGAAUUUAUUUGAUUUAAAGAUUGUUUAUACAGAGAAUGAAUCGACGUUUGGAAGAGUCAUGAGAUUCGGUGAAAUUAUAUCAUCGACGAUAGACUGAAAAUGACCCGUGGAUGACAAAUCGGAGAUUCAAUUUUCCAGUGUUCCUGUCAUUUGUCGGUCGCAUCUUUUUUUUUUAAGGUCGAGUCGGUAAUAAUUUCCAUUUAGGGUGUAGGUAAUUAAGGCUUAUUUAGAAUCCACGUCGGAAACGGGCUUAAUCGUAAUUCUUUCCACGAGAUCAUAAUUCAUAAUUCACGAUUGAUAAAUUCAACGUGAAACGUAGAUGUCACUUGAUUAUCUCGAAAAUUUUACAUAAUUAAUGGUAACCCUUUUUUAUAAUAUUCUCCUUAAAAUAAAUUAAUGACCUGCCCAAGUUGCGUAAUAGAAGAUAUACUCUCUAAUUAUAUCCCAUUAGAUUUUCACCCAUUGUGAUUCCAUAAUUAUCGAAGCUGUCAGAGGGUGAUAUUAAAAUAAAAAGGCAACGAGGAAAGGGGCGCUAAAUGUUGAUUAACUAAUUUAUUUUAAAGUGUGAUUUAUUACGGUUUUCUUUGCUCUUCGCUCCCGUCGAAUUUUCUGUCAAGAAACUGUCAAGCUAGAUUGUCAAUAGACACACACUGCCUCGCGUAAGCACACUGCCAACUUCUUAACAGUUUAAUAAUCUCGUAGUAAAUCGUAUUAAAUAAAUAGGCGACGAGGGACGUAAAUAAUGAGUAAUGACAUUCACUGAGAAUUCAUAUUUCUCCACUGCCAGGCGUUACUUAAUGUUUAAGAUGACUAUUUACAAGAAAUAGGAUUAAUUCCCGGCUCGUAGGGACAGCCUUUAAGCUUUAUCGUGAAAUCACUUUUAUUGUGAAAUUUAUUAGGAAACUAUUGUGUUCCCGUAGCUGCCACGAGAAGUACUGUUAUCGAUAUGCGAGCACACGUUCGACUCGAUUCUCCUGUCGUGUUCAGUAAUUAAUUAAUUUAAAAGUUAAGCUUAGUCGAAAUUAUCCUUAAAUCAGUCCUAGGGACUUUCUUUUACGAGGUAAGAGUAGAGUUUUUAGUGCGUUAUAUUACCCGGGUAAUAUAACCGAGAAUAUAACCAGCGAUUAAAUUCUCCGCGAAUCAAUGAGAAUUUAUGGGAAUUUAAUUUUUUUUUUCAAUGACAUUCAAGUAGUUUUCAAUCGUUUUAGGGAAGUAUCAGUGAUCGUUAUACCGCGUGAAAGAUUUUGAUUGCGUUUCUGAAAAUUUUACCUUUUUAGAUUUCCAAUACCGGAAUUUUUCAAUCGUUGUACAAGAUAGAAUUAAUCGGGUAACCUAACCUCCUAACCUUUUGUACAUCGUGAAAUUAAUAAAAAUGGCUGCACAAACUGCGGAAAGUCUCUAGGGAUGUUUAAAUUACCGUAACAUUCUCGGUUAUAUUACUCGAAUUUGAAAACACUAGAUAAGAGCAUGGUACAAAUUGUAGGUUAGUUCGACAAUCAUUAAAUCGUGCCGAUUCGCAUCCAGACUCGACCAAUCGCGACUUCUUCACUGCGAGCUUUUGUUUAAACAAUUAACAUCCACGAACGAACGGGGGUGGCCUAUAAAAAGAGGGAUUUUUGUGAUUUUUUUUUUUGUGCACUAAUACAAGGACAAUAGAUCAAGUAGACUGUAACUUGAAAAUUCAAAUUUUAGGAUAGAAAUCUUUUUUACCUUCGUACCGAUUUUUAUACAUUUAUUAGGAAAAUCCAUUGUGGGAGGAUAAAUGAGAAGCAACUUUUCCUUUUUCCUUCACUUACCAUAUUUCCAAGAUGGCGUAAUUAUUCUGCCUUCUAAUCUGCAAUUAAUUAUCGAAAUUAGGGAAAAAAUAAUUACAGCGGAGACGUUUCCUUGUUUUUUUUUUUCCAACAUCCUUACCGAGAAAAAGAAUUCAUUUAAGCAAAGAAAUAUUCCGUUGACUCGAUUUUACUCAAACUGAAAUAAACGGUGGUAAUUUUAAAGAAAUGUUGCAUCCAGUUUAUUCGAGUUUAUUCGAGUCAAGCAGUUAUUCCCCGAAUGAUGAAAAUAUUCCAUUGAUUGAAUGAAGGUUUCUUCUCGGUGCAGGGAAACGCAUCUUUUCCAAAAUUCGUUCUCCUUUGGAAAGGAAAAGAAGAAAAUGGCGGUCUUAUCUAGAAUCGUGAAAGAAACUUCAAGGCCAUUUGGAGUUUGACAAACGCGAUUUCUGGGGGAGAGAUUUCCACAAUUUGUAUCUAACGAGGGGAGGGAAAUUUUGGGAGAGCUUGUGCGAGUGUGCGAGGAAAAGCGGAAAAGAAAACUGUCGCGACAAACGUAGUCUGAAGAGGAGCCUCGAAUGCGCGGGAAAUUUGAAUCGCGCCGUCGAGUCCCUUCGUCGGAUUUUCGAUUUUCGAGAGAGAGAGAGAGAGAGAGAGAGAGAGAGAGA